AUGACUUCACUGCAGCCUGACCAAAGCGACAGUCGGGAUGAACAUGUCGACAGCCCCUCGGUGGCUCCCUCUGAGUUCAUCCCACCGCAUACCGAAAGCAGGGAUCAAAGUCCCAGCUCAGAGGGUGUGCGACCUCCUCUACCCCCACGGCCAAACACAUUGAACCUAUUGAACGAUGAAACGGCAUCUCGGGCUAGCCUACAAGCGGAGGCUACAACGGCGGUUUCUCGGGCAGAAAUUGGUACUCAGACACCGGACGCUGAAAACACUUACUCUACAUUAGCGGUCCGUGGCUUGCCACGAGGCGUCAAAGCGAGGGCGAGCCUGAGCCAGCUGGCUAGUCCGAAGGGAAGCGAAGCCGGAGACUCGGCGAGUAUUCGGAGCUCGAUCCAGAACGGCGAUGUGGGAGAUGUCGAGGGUUUGUUCAAGGACUUUGUCACCGGAGCGACCGGGGAACAUUCAGAUGCCGCAAGCUUGCUCCAUUUCCCUGAAUUUCCGGCCGAUGAUGUCGACGACGACGGCUUCUUGAGCGAGUUCGAGCCCGUCGGGGAACUGAGUGAAGAGGCCGGCAAUGAAGAUCUGCUCCUUGGUCAGUGGAAGGCGAAGAAAAAACACUACCUCAUUUUAUCCGCGGCCGGCAAACCAAUUUGGACCCGCCACGGUGAUGGUGGACUGAUAUCUACUUAUGUUGGUGUCAUCCAGACUAUCAUCUCAUUUUAUGAAGACGCGGGUGAUCGACUACGCAGUUUUUCUGCAGAAGACUCAAAGUUUGUUGUUUUGACUCGCGGGCCUCUUCAUUUCGUGGCCAUCAGCCGGAUGAUGGAAAGUGACAACCAGCUCCGCCUUCAACUGGAAGCCCUCUACAUGCAGAUUCUGUCCACACUGACCCUUCCAUCUCUUACACAUCUCUUCUCCCUUCGACCAUCCACCGACCUGAAACGACCACUUCAGGGAUCAGAAACACUUUUGUCCUCAUUGGCAGACAGUUUCACGCGUGGGUCGCCGUCUACCCUGCUCUCGGCUUUGGAGUGCCUCAAGAUUCGCAAAGUAUACCGCCAGUCCAUUAACAAUGCUCUUUUGAAGACAAAAGCUAGCAGUUUGCUUUAUGGUUUGGUUGUCGCCGGCGGACGGCUAGUCAGUGUGGUUCGCCCCAAGAAACACUCGCUUCAUCCGGGCGAUCUACAGCUUUUAUUCAACAUGAUCUUCGAAGCCGAUGGUGUCAAGGCUGGAGGAGGGGAAAGCUGGAUUCCCGUCUGCCUUCCCGGCUUCAACAGUAGCGGUUAUCUAUAUAUGUAUGUCAGCUUCCUUGACCUCCGACAUGAUGUCGACGAUUAUGAGGAUAUCUCCAAAGACGAGUCUGUCGCCAUCGUUUUGAUAAGCCCGGAUAAAGAAAGCUUCUUCGAGAUGCAAGGCAUGCGAGAUUCCCUUGUCGAGCAAAUGGAGAAGAACGGCAGUCUCAAAGUGAUCAGAGCCGCCAUUGAUCAGGGACGACCAGCUACCACUGAUAUUGUCCCUGGUUCUGUCCUGCACCAUUUCUUGUAUAAAUCGCGCGCAAACGUGCAAUUUACCAUGUCAUCAUACGCCCCUGGAUUUACAUCAAUAUCUCGACGACGAAGAUUGAUGUCGAUAUACAAUAAUCUUCAUGGGAGCAUCCACGCCAAGAACACCAGUGUUAAGGUUCACCACUGCGUCUCACGAUCAGCAAGCUCGUUCGCUUGGGUGACCCCGGUGUUCGAGCUCUACUGCGUUGCCGAACCUAAUGCGAAUAGAAACGCGCUGGUACAAAGCGCGACCAAGAUUGCCCAGUGGGUACAUCAAGAAGAGGAAAGACUUUUCAUCAUCGGCGGAGCCGUUUUUUAA